AUGGUUCUCUCCGGAGGAGGAGGUCGCGAAGGCGACGAGUCGGCCACCGCUUCGACCAUUGCUCCUCAUCCUCGAUCUAAACCUGCUUCUCCCUCAAGAGCAGCCUCUGGCGAGCUACCGAUCACAGCGUCUACCUCCUCAGACCCGACUCCCACUGCCGUCGCCGCCCCUACGCCCCCCUUAGAAGAGCAGAAGGAAGAGCAGAAGCAGGAGCCGCAACAGCAGCAGCAGCAACAACCACAAGAACCACCACAGCUGAGCGAAGAGCAACCGCCGCCGCAGAAUCACGAGCCUCAGACACAACCGCCACCUUCUCAGCAGAACGGUACGGGCCGGGAGGCCGAGACAAACACUGCUACCAAUACCACCGCGACCCCCGAGUCCGAGUCCGAUAUGGCGAGCCACCGGCCACCGGCGCUCCAUGGCCUACACGCUGGCUAUCCCACCAGCUCGUCCGCGUCGCCAAUCUAUGCUUCCCACGCGGCAGGACUUCCAACCACUCAAUACGCCUCGUAUCCCGCAGCUACAGCUGCAGCUCAGCCUGACGCAUACCGCGUGAGCCCCGUGGGCACUCCUCAGAUGUCGUUGCCCAGCAUGCGGACUAUCGACGCCAUGUCGCAGCAAUCCGUCCCUCCAAUUCCUCACCAUUCCAUGUCCAUGGCCAUGAGCAUGCCCCUUACUGCCGUCUCGGCGGCCCCUCCAUACUUUGCAAGCCACUCGACGCCUCUACCUUCCAACUACGGCUUCUCUCAGGAUAGCCUCUCUCGAUAUCCUCUCCCCCACGAUGCUCGACUGAUGAACCACCGAGGCCCCAAGAAGUGUGACGAGACGCACCCAACCUGUAACAACUGCAGGAAAUCGAAACGCGAGUGUCUGGGAUACGACCCCAUAUUUCGACAGCAAGCCGGUACACCCACCGGGACCAGCGCGCAGCCAGUCUCGAGCAACUUGUCACAACCCUCAGAAUCCUCUGCCGUUGCAUCUGCGCAGCCAGGGUCUGCGGUUGGACAAUCUCCGGUCCAGCGUUUGGUCAACACGUACGGCAGCCAGUCGCCGAUGCUGCCAAACGUCUAUGCCCCAAGCUCCAAUCCUUCUACUCCAUCCAUCACACCAAGCAACUACAAUCCUUUGUCUACACCCACCUCGGCACCAGCCUUGUCUAUGAAAUCCGACCUUGGUUACAGCUAUUCUUCUAAUAUUGAUCACACCGCACGUUCUACAGCCUCCAUGUCGACGAACCAGCUAUCCCUAUCGGGAUCCGAUAAUAGCUAUUUACGAGCCAAGAAAAUGAGGAUCGAUGAAAUCAUUGAUCUGUUAGGCCCUCCCGCACCCGCCCAGCAGAUAAGCCAUACCGAAGAGACCUUCAAUGAGAUCACAAAGGUCUACCAUGAGAUGUAUGCGAGCGGACUCAGCGCUUUUUUCGAAACAAGCUGGUACUAUUUCACUGAGAACGGCAAGAUGUCGUUUCCCAAGGAUGCCAAUCUCAUCGAGCACAUGGCGACCUUCUUAAAAAUCCUCGAGGGUGUCAGAGCCAAUGACCAUGCCCAGAUGGCGUAUUCAGGGGUGUUGGAAACCAGAAUUGUGUGGGAGUUGGCUUGUACAGCAUACCAAAUGCCAGAUAGGGCGACCAAUUCCAUGCGCCUCAACUUGCCGCCCGACAAUGAUGCCAUCGAGGCUAGAAACCGCCUUCAAGUGGUUGAGGCCUUGCUCUGCGGCGAUGAGCUGCUAAGCAACCCUCUCUCCCCACCAGUAGCAGAUGCCGACCACCAUCGCGUUCGCCAGUUUGACUUUUGGUACAGCCUGGCCGAGUUUGUGCGUAAGAGGGACAAUCCCAACGCGCCUGCAGUCGUCAAGAUGAGAGAGGAUAUUUUGAGCCGGAUGCGCCACCUUUUGGACGGUCGCGAGAAUCGCGACGUCCUCUAUUCUAUAGCUGUCGUUCGCGAACUCGCUCCAGACUUCGAUGCUGGAUACGCUACAACCAUUCCGCAGCAUUUGGAUGAAACAGAUCCAAAGAACAGAUUGGCUGUCGCCUCCAAAUUCAUCCUCGACGAAUCACAAGUCACUGGCGGCACUACCAACGUCGUCCGCCGGUUCAGCGAUAUCGCCUCGAGAGCGUUUGUCAAUCCUGGAGUAAACAUCGCACGAAGAGUAUAG